AUGAGUUUAGUCCAGUCAGCCAUGUUUAAUCAUCAUAUGGGCCCUUCACACACUAGAUCUCGAAGUUUCGAGUUAUUCCAAGAAGCUAAAACCUUAAGGGUUGCUGCUUGUAAGAGAUCAUACAGCGACGAUUUGAAUAUCAGCACUAAAAGAGCAAGAACUGCACCACCAUCUCCUCCAUAUGAAACUGCUACACCCACCAGAGCUAGUAGGUUGGUAAUUUCAAAUUUGGUUAAGCCAACAAGCAACUUAAGAUCAAGAUCGCUUUCUCCAAAUAAAAAGUUUUCCAGUCCGUUAUCCCCAUCGUCAUCACCAAUAGCGACUGUCACAUCACCUAUAAGCUCACCCCAAAACAUAAAGAUAAAACUACCAAGUAUUUCUGAUGCAUUAAAUCUACCACCAAUAACUUCUAAAGAGCCAGUGAAAUUGAAGCCAAUUGUGCCAACAGUCUCAUUAGAUUAUUUUGAUACAUACAAACCCAAUGACGAAAAUUGGAGGUACGGGCUUUUGGAUAAAAUUGCCAAAGAAUCAAAGCAUUUCCACCUUAAUCAAUACAACUACCUUAAUGACCAUGCAAAACCAAGUUUUGACUCCAAACUAAGUUCGAAAAUCCAACAACUGUCAAUUGCAAAUGGAAAGAAAAUAAAUUUUCCCUACGAAUCGAAUUAUACAUAUUUGAAUAAAACAUACUUGAACGAUGUUAAAAACUAUCCCGAAUAUCUAGAGUUGGCCGCCGAGUCAUUAUUACAAUUGAAAGAGCGCCAACUCCCCCCACCUCCAUUACAGCUGCACCAAAAACAACACCCACCACCACCACCACACUUGCCAGUGCAAGGACUUUUGCCUGUUCCAGCACCUCCGGUUUCACAUUUUUCUUCUUCUUACACCACACCACAAGCCCCAACAUUUUACCACCCACCUUCACAACAACAACAACAGACUCCACCACCACAAACGCUACAUCAUCAACAACCACAGCCACCUAUUUCUACACACAAAUUCAUUCCAAUAUCACCUCCAUCUGCUAAAAAAUCUAGAUCGGAUUUAUUGAAAUCACCACCAAAACACCAUCAUCAUCACGCACCAAGGGUAUGCAUAUCGUGUGGGUCAGACCAAUCACCAUGCUGGAGACCAUCCUGGUCUAUUAAACAAGGACAAUUGUGUAAUUCAUGUGGGUUGAGGUAUAAAAAGACAAAGGCUAGAUGCUUAAAUGACAAAUGUAAAAAAAUACCUGCCAAGGGUGAAUGGACCCUCAUGCAAAGCAAAGGAAAAGAGACUUUUGAAGAUGGUAUAGAGGGUUAUAGCUGUAUUGCAUGUGGCUGGAGAGUUGAAGUACUUCCUAAAUCUUGA